ACGCACUUCCUUAGCACAGCGGUGCUAGCUGUUAGCUGCUGGUAGUGUCCUGUGCAUGGUGCUGUGUCCAUGCUGAGCUUAAGGCAUGGUGAGCGGUCGGUCCAGUGCGGUGGCCGCCGGGGUGUGUGGAGCCCUGUUCAUUGUCUACUGUUUUUAUUUUGACAGAAAGCGACGGAGUGACCCUCAAUUCAAGGAGAAGCUGCGUGAACGUAGAAGAGAACAAAGGGGUUCUCGUGACAAGUCUGGAGGAGCAAGGCUGCCUGACUUGAGGGAUGCUGAAGCUGUUCAGAAAUUCUUCCUGGAGGAAAUCCAGCUGGGAGAGGAGCUCCUGUUGCAAGGUGACUUUGAGAGAUGUGUGGACCACCUGAGCAAUGCGAUUGCAGUAUGCGGUCAACCUCAUCAGCUGGUUCAAGUGCUCCAACAGACGCUGCCACCUCCAGUCUUCCAGAUGCUGCAAGCCAAACUGCCCAACACGCGAGUCUUCAGCUCCCAGCAUUUAACAGAAGAUGACGUCGAAUGAAUGUGUGUGAUCGAAAUAUGCAAGUGAAUCAUCCGCCUUUAACAGAAGAUGAUGUCGAGUGAAUGUGUGUGAUUGCAGGUGAGAUUGAAAUCUGCUGUUACUACGAUUGUCUGACUAUUUCAGACACUGACAUUUGUGCACUGUUUGUUUGGUACGUGUGACUGCAGUAGUGAGCCUGACUAUGACGGAGCUCAACCUUUGGACAUCAGGUGACAAUGAUGCCCCUCUAUCACGGCUCUCUGGGGUUAAAGAACUUCCUCACGGUUACGUUUCUGGGAGAUGUUAAACACAUAUAAACACAUUCCAUAUCUUCUAAUCCUGUUCCCAACAAAUCUCAUGUUUUCUAGCAAUCUGUUUAUUCUAUUAAUUUCUCUCAAACGUAGUUGUGCUAAAGUUUGGGGGCUUUGCUGGUAUGUUAUGUACUAAAUAAAAAACAAAGGUAUGUAAAUAAUUUGUUACAUAUUGCCGCGCAGUUGAAGAGUGCCUACACUAAGCAGAAGACUUGUUUGUUGACCAGUUUUCAAAAUUGUUUUUGCAAUGUCUGUUUAAAUGUUAUUUUAUAUUCCAGUUAUUCAUAUCUGGACAUUUUUGUUUGUAAAAAUCCGACAAUAAAACAUGAAACACA